CCACAGCAAAAUAAUGAAUUUAAUUUUUCAGUCUUUCUCCUUCUUUUAACAUUUUUAAAGGAAAAUAACAUGCUGAUGCUCAUGGAAAAUUCGCAGUUAAUAGAAACAAACGUUUUCGCAUGUUAUAUUAACCCGCCAUAAUGAGAGGGAUUAUAAGCACUUUAUCAAUUUAACAUUCAGGUCCGCGUAUCAGUCAGGACUCUAGCCAAAACACAAAUUACUCCUCAACAUGUACAUGCAGUGAAAAAUUACUGAUCUAAAUUUUAAAGAAAACGACGAAACUUAAAAGUUUGAAAGACAUGCUUCGAUAGAACCUACGUACUGUCAUCUUCAGUUGAUUGAUGUACAAAGCGUCGGAAGUCGAAUUUAUAAUAAGUAGCAAAAUGCUAAUUGUGACAACAAAAUAAAGCAAAGCGUGAAAGUGUGCCAGAGAAUUAUAAGGAUAGAAGAUGACAGUAGUUUUUGUCGAAACAUGUCUUUGAAACUUAAAAGUUGCGUCGUUUUCUUUAAAUUUUUGACUUGCUGCUAUCAUCAAGACCCUUUGAUCCGUAAAAUUAAAUGGAGACAAGUUCCAAGUAGGUCACAUGGUUAUUUCGCUUGACCCUAUUUCAACCUUGUAUCUCUAAUGUUUAUUAAACGAUUAGAAGUAGUUGAUGUACUUCUGGUUUGCACAAAAUAAUCUAACAUUAACUAUCCCUCCGCGACAGAUUCAAAGUACACUGCUGACCUCAACCACACCUACCCAACAAAAGUGAUUUUCACCAGCGCCAUGCUGUUCACAUUCCUGGUGUCUGUGAUUGGCAACUCUCUUGUCAUCUACGUCAUAACCAAACAUCGUUCCAUGAGAACAUCAACGAAUUGUCUCAUCAUGAACUUAGCAAUUUGCGAUCUUUUGAUCACUGUGCUCCUGGCCCCUUUAUUUAUUACGCAGCUGUACAUCGGAUACACGUGGUUUGGAGGCACCCUGGGAAACGUCACUUGUAAAAUAUUAUCUUUUGUAGGUUCUCUCUUGCUUUUCUGCUCUAUUUUUAACUUGGUAGUUAUUGCUCUUGAUCGAUAUCUUGCCGUCGCUCGACCAUUAAAGUAUAAAUUGUCAUCAAAAUGGGUGGUAAAAGUAGGAAUUCCAGCUAUGUGGCUUAUUUCAGCUUUGUUGUCUUUUAAAGCGGCAUACGAUGGGGACGAAAAAAGGCCUAAAUGUGGAUCUGAGAGGAGCGCUCAAGAAGUGUACUCGUCGUUGAGUUGUUUAGUUGUCUCGUUUAUCGUUCUAAUUGUGCUUUAUUCUAUCAUUUGUUAUCGUCUUUGGAGAAGAAACAUUCCUGGCGAAGUUUCUAACAAUCAGCAAGCGCUUGCUAUUCGUACAGCACGAAAGGUCACUGUUUUAAUGAUAUCAGUUGUAAUCGUGUUUAUCGUUUCAUGGGCGCCAGUUUUUUCUAUCAUGCUCUCAGACUUGAUUCAUGUGAGAUCCAGUGACAUUUCAUCCAUCUUGCACUACCCCAUUGAGUUUGCCAUGUCUUUCUGGCUGAUAUUGAACAGUAGUGCAUGUAAUCCGUGUUUGUAUUGUAUAUUUGUCGAAAGCUUUCGCCAUAGUCUAAAAUUUGCUUGUUCAUGCUCAAGACUUCUCGUACCUGAGUCAAGGCCGGGCUGCAUUGGACUAGAAGGGCGAUUUGAAAAUGCAGAACCAUUAAGAAACAGACAGACUUUGAACUCUUUCGUUCAGGAAGAAGGAGCGUUUGAGUUGACGGCAUACUCGUCUGUCAACCACAGUCUCACUGCCUUAGAUUUCAGCACAUGCGCUAAAUGGCCUCGGAACUGAAUGUGACCGUACAACGCCCUCUUGUGCCAAAUGGCCUCGGAGGUGAAUGUGCAUAAACCCUCUUAUUAACUAAUUUAAAAAUAAGUUCAUGAAAUGACAAGAUAUCUUAUUUGGCACGUCAAAGAAUAUAAUGAGGUAAGCUAGAAGUUGAAUGCUUAGAGGGUAGCACCUCGUUAGACUGAAGGCUUACAAGUGAAAACGUGACAGUACCAAUCGACCAGUAGAGCUUUUGCUGGCCAACUUAAAAUACCCAGUCCUC